UACAAACCCUCCCCCCCUCUCUCUCUCUCUCUCUCUCUCUCUCUCUCUCUCUCUCUCUCUCUCUCUCCAGUAAACUGUAAACACAAGAACACAGCAGACUGCAUGAAAAAGUCGAGAGUUUUCUUCUUUCCCUUUGUUUGUAUUCGAACCUAAUCGUCAUUGUAAGUGUGGCCGCUUCACAAACGGUCUCUCUCUCUCUCUCUCUCCGAAAAGCAAACUGUUUCAAGAAAAGGGAAAAGGUAGAAAAAGCGCACAAGAAAUGCCUCCAUGAGUGCCUCCUCGCUUCCUCCACACAUGUUUUUCGCGUCAUUAUUCAUAUUCUAACGAAAACUGACCUACCAAGCAAAGCAGCCCCUUCCCCCAUUAACGAUCCUCGUCAUGCUUCAGCUCCAUUGGCCAUGACCCUUUUUGUCCUUUCUUUUCCAUUUUACUUGCCCGUCUAAACUUCUUUCAAGCCUGUUGAUUGAUGAAAUAGAAUAUCCAUCCAGACGAGAGUAAAGUUUUGAAAUUUGCUUUCCCUCUGACCCCUCAGAUGUCCAAGAACCCAUCUCUUGGAAGACGAGCCUUUUGAUUUCUGCCAGAGGUUAUAAGAAUACCCAGAAGAUCAAGGUUUGAACUUGGCCUCUUCUUUUCUCCUCCCUCUGAGCCUCAGAUGUCGAAGAGCACAUCUGUGGAAGACGAUGGAGCCAUGCCAAUCUGCGAAGUGUUGAAGAGAUUCAAGCGGUUGAGGCUCGUGUUCGAGCCGUCUCUCGGAGUCUUGGGGUUCUUCUUGGUCGGGCUGUGUCUGGUAUGUGCCUUCUUCUAUUUCGAUUGCAGAGCCGUGGCCAAAAGGUACGGCCUUUCGGAUCAAUCGGAGAGAUUUAUGUGGCUAAAACUUGAUGGGUCCGGUGAUAAUCCCAAGAGAGUGGGGUUUCUGGAAGAAGAUGGAGAUGGGUGUGAUGUGUUUGAUGGGGAAUGGGUUUGGGACGAAUCGUAUCCCUUGUAUCAAUCCAAAGAUUGCAGCUUUUUGGAUGAAGGGUUUAGGUGUACUGAGAACGGAAGGCCUGAUUUGUUCCACACUAAGUGGAGAUGGCAACCCAGACGUUGCAAUUUGCCCAGAUUUGACGCAAGACUGAUGCUGGAGAAACUCCGGGACAAGAGGCUAGUGUUUGUCGGGGACUCGAUAGGACGAAACCAAUGGGAGUCUCUUCUGUGUAUGCUGUCUUCUGCAGUCCGGAACAGGAGUUCGGUCUAUGAGGUGAACGGGAGUCCGAUUACAAAGCACAGGGGAUUCUUGGUAUUCAAGUUUGAGGACUAUAAUUGCACGGUCGAAUACUACAGAGCGCCCUUUCUCGUUGUCCAGGGCAGGCCGCCGGCUGGAUCACCAGAUCUGAUCAAAACGACCCUGAAACUGGACACGAUGGAUUGGACUGCAGGAAAGUGGAAAGAUGCCGACGUGCUUGUCUUCAACACGGGCCAUUGGUGGAACAACGAGAAAACUAUAAGACAGGGAUGUUACUUCCAAGAAGGUGAGCAAGUGAAAACAGAGAUGAGCCCAGAUGAUGCAUUCAGGAAAGCUAUCAAGACAGUGGUGAGGUGGAUACAAGACGAGGUUGAUUCGGACAAAACCCAGGUCUUUUUCCGUACGUUUUCCCCCGUCCAUUUCAGGGGAGGAGACUGGAGAACUGGAGGAACUUGUCACAUGGAGACUUUGCCCGAAAUCUCCCUGUCCCUGGUCCCUUCAGAGACAUGGGCACAGAUAAAAAUCUUGGCCGAUGUCUUGUCCAGCAGAUCGGAGACAGAGACGGUUAAACUGAAACUGUUGAACAUCACUUCCAUGACGGCUCAAAGGAAAGACGGCCACUCGUCCCUGUACUAUCUCGGCCCUGCCGGUCCUGCGCCUUUGCACAGGCAGGGCUGCAGCCACUGGUGCCUCCCUGGCGUACCCGACUCAUGGAAUGAGCUCCUCUACGCCCUUUAUCUUAAGCACGUGGCUGUGGCUUCUUCUCGGACAUUCGAGUCGACUACAGUCAACGCGACAGGGUCGUAGACGUGGACAAGAACAGUAGGAAAAAGGCCGUCUGUUUCUUACAGGAAGCCACUGGAAUGGCGGCUCUGUUUGAGGGGAGACAGUAGGGGAUUAGUUGGGGUGAUUAGAUUUAAUUGGAAUGAUUAAUUGGGUGGGGGAAUAUAAUGUAAUUAUUGUUUGUUUGAUGGUUGCCAUAGAUGUUCUAACGGAAACCAAACUGGAUUUUGGUCUGUGAAGUUAUUAUAGUAUUCAAAACCUUGUGAUCCACCAAUUGUGAAAAUGAAGCUUCAUAAACUGGUUUUGUUC